UGAAAUGGUGGUCUUAAUCCAUACAACCAACCUGGCCGGGCGCGUCAGGAUAACCGUAACACAGCCAUAACCUGUGUUUGACACCACGUUGCGCCUGGGUCUGCUGCUACUGCCGUUUAUUGAAUGUUCGCUCAGAGUGCUUAGUAUAUAAGCAUCCGUUGUCCUCGAGGUCUCUGACAUCCUCGUUCGAUGCCUUUCAACCUGCAACCCGCCCAAGUCAUGGAAGGAAUGUCUUCUGCCAGUCGGUCAACCGCAUUGGACCGCUUCUGUGCCAUAUCGAUGCUCACGUUGUUCAUCUACGAGCGCAUCCUCGUAUCGAAGCGAGAAGUAAGGCUCAUCUUAAUCCGCUCGUUUUCACUGGUAUCUUGUCUCUACGUCGCCAUGAAUGUCCUGGUGUUCGUAUAUUUGGUACUCCACGCUGCGCUCUCCUGGGACGCAACUGUCUCGUGCGAAAGCCCCUAUAUUAUCGCGAUCGCCGCGGGCGCCACUGCCUCCGCUCUGUAUCUUAUUUAUGGCACAAUCGCAGCUCUUCGGGUGUAUGCCAUCAACGGACGCAACUAUAUCAUGCCGUCAAUUAUCCUUACGCUUUUCAUUGUCGGACUCGUUGGAAAUGUGUACUAUUGCGUCAACUUGUCAUCUACCACGCCACAAGCAGAAGCUGACUGUGUCGUCGUACUUGGAAAUCCUCACAUGAUGAAUAACUUCGAUAUACUGCUGCACAUAUGCAACGUGACGGCCGAGGCGCUUGUUCUGUUCGCAACCUGGAGAAAGACAUACAGCAUCCUGAUUUGGAGUCGAACUUUCUAUGUGGACCGUGACGCCCCGCUAACGUGGCUUCUACUCAGGGACGGUACGAUGUACUUCAGUGUGCUCCUCGCGUUGAAUAUUGUUACAUCGGUGUUAUGGGUCACAGACGUCCUCCCAAACGCUACAUUGUUCUUUCAUACGCUAAGCACCAUACUCCUUUCGCACUUCUUCAUGAAUCUCCGAGAAGCGGCGUCGCCGCUGCCGUCGUACCCGUCAUCCGACUUGUACUUCGGAAGAUCGGUCCUCGGUAACAUCGGCAACACCCUUUCGUACAAGCCCGAGGAUGAAGUGACGGGGCACAGCGACGAUGAAGAUGAGGAGAUCGAAACCGAACAGCGAACGUUCGAGGACGUUUCGGGACUCGGCCUGUACACUCUCGAAAGCCAUCACCCCGAUUUCUAUGCAGUCCCAAAGUUGGGUACGACAUUGACAGUCUCUGAUUUCAGUCUGUGAUCGUGUACGUUCGGCCUCUGGCCCACUACGGGCACUCCUAGCCUGAGACCCUGCAUCUGAUGUGCGCCGUUGUACUACCAGUAUAUACCCUCCAAUUCAUCCGCGAUGUUGAUGUAUAUUCCACCAGUUUGUUGAUAUUCUAAGGUUCAUCUGGG